AUGUCACAAAGACAGCAAUUUCAAUUUUUAUUAUCAUUUUUAAUUUUAAUUUUUUUAAAAUUUAUUAUUCAAAUACGGUGUGAUGAAAGUAAUGGUGUAAUAAUAAUAAAGAAUAUAGAAGAUGGUGGUAGUGGUAGUGGAACAGUAUCGUACUGUCAAAUGGAACAAAUUAGAGAUGAAUAUAUAACAAUUAAAACCAAUUAUGGUAUAGUUAGUAGUAUCGGAUCAACAACAGCAUCUGGUAGUGUCGAUGGUAAAAAAGAGUUUUCAUUAAUCUUUAACCAAUUAAUACCGUCUGAUAUAGGAUAUGAAUACUUUUUUCUAAGAUGGGGUACAAAUAAACAAACCAUUGCAACUCUAACAGACCCAUUUCUAAAUCCAUACAGGUUCAAUAUAGUUCAUCUAAAUAGAACUGAUUUAUAUUCAAUACAACCAACUACAAAUAAUUCUUAUUUAGUUGAAAAUUUAAAUUCAAUUUCAAAACAAGUUACUUUUAAUUCUUUAAUUUUUGUAAAUAGGAAAUCACCAUUUUUUUUUAUAUUUUCAAAUUUUAAUAAAGUUUGUGAUAAUAAAAAUAAUUUUAAUAUGGAAAUAUUGUAUCCAAAUAAUAAUAAUAAUGAUGAUUUUAAUAAUAGUAAUAAUAAUAAUGUAGAUAAUAGUAAUUUUUGUUCAUCAAUUCAAUAUGGUAAUCAACUUGUAACGAUUAAAUCAAUGUCUUCUGGUAAUUAUAUAAGUUCAGAAGGGUCUACUAAUGCAUGGGAUAUUGGUAAUAAAUUCAUUAAAACAAUACCUUUAUCAUCAGAAUUAACUGAUUCAAAUUAUUUUAAAAUUAUUACAUUUGAAAAUAAUAAAAUUGGUUUUUUAGAUAAAUUUAAAAGUUUUUGGAGUUGGAAUAAUACAAAUGUUGAAGUUAGUUCAACAAUGUUAAAAAAUCAAAAGUUUAAUUUAGAACCUGUAUUAAAUAAUCCAUCAUGUAGUAAAAAUUGUUAUUAUAUUAAAACUGGUAAUAGUGGUUAUAUAAAAGAGUAUAUUACCAAAAAUAGCGUUAAUGGUAAUCUUUUAAAUAGUGGUAGUAGCGAUGAUAAAACAAUGUUUUUAAUUAAACUUUUACCUAUUUGUAGUAAGGAUAUUAAUAAUUAUGGAACAUCAUCAUCAACAACAUCAACAACAUCAUCAUCAUCAUCAUCAUCAUCAUCAACAACAACAGCAACAACAAUGGCAACAACAACAACAUCAAAAAUAACAACAACAUCAAAUAUAAAUGACAGCUUUGGUGAUGAUGAAAAUUUAAUAAAUAGUUCAUCAGUUAUAAAAUUUAGUACACCAAUCAUUAUGAUAAUAAUAAUUUUAAUCAAUAUCAAAUUUUAA